GCGGGAAGUGUAACCCGCUCGCUAACACCAACGGCGACCCGCAUUUCCACGGCGCUGACGGCACGCGCUUCGACUUCAACGGGCUGCUCGGCCGCUCCUUCUGCCUGCUCUCCGACCGUCGGAUCCACAUCAACAUGGGGAUCAACGGCUACCGUCCCAUUGCCAACCUCCCAGGCACCGCCACGUCACUGGAUGACGACUCGCUCGCCGCAGCGCUGGACGCGGCGACGAAAGAGUCGAAGCCACGUCAUGUUAAGGAGCUGGAGAAGGAUAGGUUGACUCGGGAGGAGGUGAUGGGGUUGGUGCAUAUGGGGGUGAAUGGGAGCAUCCCGUUGACCAAUCAAGUGGUGGCGGCGCUCGAGCGGGAGGUGCGGAGGCUGCGGGGCAUCGGAGUGGUUGACGGGAAUGCGGCGGGGAGCGAGGGUCAAGCUCGGGCUUCUGACGAGCAGGAAUCUAUUCAGUAUGCAACGCACGAGCUGAAAGCGAGGCUGCUGAAAGGGAAGCCGAUUCGUAGCUGGAUCAGGGAGCUGCAGGUGAUGUGGCGUGAUGCGCUCGGUGCGCAGCACUCGGCGUUCCUCAAGGCACGGGACGGCACGGAGCAGGGGAGGGGCACCUCUGGCUUCAUCGACCAAAUGGAAAUCGACGGGCAGGCGGUGACACCCCCCAUGGCCGCAGGCUCCUUCGUAUCUGGCACUGGUGGCUUCAAGCUGCUCCUGGUGGAGUCAAGGGGCGGAGCUUGGAGGGUUGAGGACGAGUUUCGGUUGACAGUGGAGGGAGUGCUGGAUAUGGGAGUCGUGGCGCGCGUGGCGCACCCGCUCAUGCAGACUGUGGCGGAGGCGCAAGCACACUUCAACGUGCACAUAGUGCAGCUCAACCACACGGAGGGCAUUCACGGCGUGUUGGGCCAGACCUUCCGCAGCGAGACGUCCUGCCAGGUGCGGUCGCUGCGCUACCGCCUGCUCACCCGCCUGCUGCGGGAGCCGGUGGAUGUGGAGAGUGCGAGUGGCAGAGGAUUCCUGGAUGGCCGCAUGGAGGACUACGUCACUUCGAGCAUUCAAUCGCCGGAUUGCAUGUAUGCUGCUGCUUGGCGGAGGGGUGACCAAGAAGGGAGUGAUGGGAGUCAUCUUACACGACGAUGAGCACAGGCGGAUGGGGCUGAAAGUGUUUCAGAGACGGCUGUGCAAGCUAGAAUCAGGCCAAUUUGGGUUGGC